AUGACGCCGCGCUUACAGUUGGAGAAAGCGGCUUGGCGUUGGGUUGAGUCUGUAAAACCUGAAGAAAUCAGUCAGGAGCAUAUAGAGCUAGCAUACCGCAUCAAUCUUCCGGCCUGCAAGAGAGGAACCUGCAGGAGGAACUGCAAAGGCAAUCCCAAUUGCCUUGUUGGCAUUGGUGAACAGACGUGGCUCGGAGAGAUUGAUGAAAAUGCUUUUCACAAUAUUGAUGACCCAAACUCAGAGCGCCGAGAUAAGAACACGUUUGUUGGUUUGACCAAUCUGGGAGCUACGUGUUAUGUCAAUACCUUUCUCCAAGUGUGGUUCCACAAUCUUGAGCUGCGAAGAAGCCUCUAUCAAUGCUACAAUUCCCGUGCACAGGAACAUAAUACAGAGUCAGAUUAUGAACCUCAGUCCAUUUGUGAGCAUCUGCAGUACUUGUUUGCACUUUUACAAAACAGCAACAGAAAGUACAUUGAUCCUUCUGGGCUGGUUAAAGCUCUUGGCCUAGACACUGGGCAGCAGCAAGAUGCCCAGGAGUUUUCAAAGCUCUUCUUGUCCUUGUUGGAAGACACAUUGUCCAAGCAGAAAAGCCUCACUCUGCAAAAUGUUAUUCAGCAGCAAUUCUGUGGACAGUUCUCAUAUGUAACUGUCUGUAACCAAUGUGGGCGAUCAUCUGCACGGCCCUCCAGAUUCUACGAAUUGGAAUUAAACAUUCAGGGCCACAAAAAUCUUACUGACUGUGUUACAGAGUUUCUAAAGGAAGAAAAACUGGAUGGAGACAACCGUUACCUCUGUGAAAACUGUCAAAGCAAACAGAACGCUACCCGGAGAAUAAGACUGCACAGUCUCCCUCCGACCCUCAACCUGCAACUCAUGCGCUUCGUCUUUGACAGACAAACGGGCCACAAGAAGAAACUCAACACUUACAUCAGUUUCCCUGAGCAACUAGAUAUGGCACCAUUUUUUGAAGUAACGAAAGAUAAGAAGUGCGUGUACGAACUGAGUGCAGUGCUGAUUCAUCGUGGCGUCAGUGCUUACUCGGGACACUAUAUUGCCCAUGUGAAAGACGCUCGUACCAGUGACUGGUACAAAUUCAAUGAUGAAGAAAUUGAAAAGAUGGAAGGCAAGAAGUUGCAGUUGGGUACGGAAGAUGAUUUUGCUGAAACAGUGAAGUCUCAGACACGAAAGCCCAAGUGCAGCAAAGGUUACCACUGCUCCAGAAAUGCCUACAUGUUGGUGUACAAGAUCCAGGAAGAGGAGACCAUAGAUCCCUCUAAGACCACAGUUCAAGUGCCUGAAUUCCUUCAGCGACUGGUGGACCAAGACAACCAUAAGUUUGAAGAGUGGUGCAGUGAAAUGUCGGACAUGAGGAAACAGAGUGUCGACAAGGGCAAAGCAAAGCAUGAGGAAGUGAAGGAGCUGUAUGAGCUCUUACCUGCACGAGACGGGGAGCCUUACGAGUUUAUACCACUAGAUUGGUUGAAGAAGUGGUUGGAUGACUCAACUGCCAUAAAGAAAAUUGAUAGCACACACUUCCUGUGUUCUCACGGCAAGCUGCAUCCAGACAAGGUGGGCGAUGUCAAGAGGAUUUCUCAGCCGGCUGGGCAGGUCCUAUACGAGCGCUAUGGUGGGGGGCCAAGGCUGGAUGGCUCUACUCUGUGUCGAGAGUGUGUGGGACAGCGAUGCAGGGUGCUACGUCUUAAGAAUCAACUAAAUGAAGACCACAAGGAAGUCUCUAAUCUAGUCAAACGUACUGUCAGCGAUGAAGGUUACUGGGUAGGCAAGGCAUCUCUGCGCAGUUGGAGACAGCUGGCUUUGAAACAGUUGGAGAAGGAUGAACAUGAAAGUAAACCAAGCAAUGGCGAGAGCAACGGGAAGGGAGAACAUGCUGACAACAACCAAGGUAGGAACAGUGAAGGUAAUGAGGAAGAGAUGAAGACUUUCAACGAGGACAUUGUCUGCACGCACGGCGGUUUGAGUAUUCUGGACACCGAACGCAAGCUGGUAUCUUCUGAAGUUUGGACCAAACUUAGAGCAUACUUCCCAGAAGCCCUAGAAUUUACCCAAGACCAAAGUCCCUGUACGCAUUGUCAGACAUUAGAACAGGAAGAAAAGGACAAUGAGGCCGUGAGUAAGAUGAUGGCUCUGGACCAGAAAAACCAGCUACUCAAUCUUUUCCAUGAGAAGAACCGGCCAACCCUCACCAAGUGGCCUCAGGACACAGAUUUACUUUACGUUGUCCCUCUGUUUUUUGUGGAUGAGUGGAGAAAAUUCAUCAGAAGACCCACUAAAUCUUCUCCAGUGUCUAGUGUGGGCAACAGCCUCCUGGUUUGUCCUCAUGGAGGCUUCAUGUUUACAUACGAUUCCCUCAUUAAUGGAGACACACAACACAUUGCACUGCUCUGGCCCAGUGAAUGGGAGGUAAUCCGCAAGCUCUUUAUUGUGGACCAGCCCAUCUCCAUCCACUGCUUACGACAGUCCUCCCCCACAGGUCUCACCACUAGUUACACAACUCAGCCUGAUCUCUGCUGGGACUGCAGAGAGGGGUUCCUUUUCCAGCAACAGAAAGAUCUUAGAGAGUACACCCAAGCCACCAUUUACAUUCGCAAAAUCAUUGAUGAUAAAAGGAUGAUCAAAGAAGCAGUUCCAGAGCUUACUGCCAGCAGUUCCGAGGCAGAGGAGGAAAAGGAGGAGCAACCGAAGGUAGCUGGUGGGACUGAUCCAGACUUCAGCCAGUCCGAAGAUGGUGCAAAAAGGCUUAAACUAAGUGAUGGGAACGCUGCAGGAGUAACUUCACUAGAAACCAACACAACAAAACUUGGUGGAAUCAGGAGAAGCACUCGACACCGGAAACUCAGAGGCGAAAAAGCCCUCAUUGUUUCUGCAAAUCAGACCCUCAAGGAGCUGAAAAUUCAGAUUAUGCAUGCCUUUUCUGUGGCGCCAUUUGACCAAAACCUCUCCAUUGAUGGAAAAAACCUGACUGACGAUUCAGCGACAUUGGGCAGUUUGGGUGUCAUCCCAGAAAGUAUCAUUUCUCUUAAGGCUGAUGAGCCAAUAGCUGACUUCGCAGCAAUGGAUGAUGUGUAUCAAGUGGGAAUGCCUGAAGAGGGGUUUAAAGGCACUGGACUUCUUGGACAUUAA